AGGUCGUUCUUUGACAAAUAGGAAAAAAAAAACCUGAAACCCAUCGGAGAGGAGAUCGAGAUUAGAGCGAAGAAUGAUCGCAGACGGAGCAGGAGAAGAUGAAGAGAAAUGGCUCGCCGCCGGCGCUGCGGCUUUCAAGCAGAACGCAUUUUACAUGCAACGCGCUAUUGACUCGAAUAAUCUGAAAGAUGCUCUCAAGUAUUCGGCUCAGAUGCUUAGCGAGUUGCGGACUUCGAAGCUUUCACCUCACAAGUACUAUGACCUCUAUAUGAGAGCUUUUGAUGAGUUGAGGAAGCUUGAGAUUUUCUUCAUGGAAGAAACUCGGCGUGGCUGCUCAGUCAUUGAACUCUAUGAGCUUGUCCAGCAUGCUGGUAACAUAUUACCACGUUUGUAUCUCCUGUGUACAGCAGGAUCCGUUUACAUCAAAACCAAGGAAGCUCCUGCCAAGGAAAUUCUUAAAGAUCUCGUUGAGAUGUGCCGUGGGAUUCAGCAUCCUCUACGUGGUCUCUUCUUGAGAAGUUACCUUGCGCAAAUUAGUCGAGAUAAAUUGCCUGAUAUUGGUUCUGAAUAUGAAGGAGAUGCUGAUACAGUCACGGAUGCGGUGGAGUUUGUACUACUGAAUUUUACCGAGAUGAAUAAACUCUGGGUCAGAAUGCAACACCAGGGACCUGCUCGGGAUAAGGAGAAACGGGAGAAAGAGAGGAGUGAGCUUCGUGACCUUGUUGGAAAGAACCUUCAUGUGCUGAGCCAGUUGGAAGGUGUAGACCUUGAUAUGUACAGAGAUACAGUUCUUCCUAGAGUCUUAGAGCAGAUAGUGAACUGCCGAGAUGAGAUUGCCCAAUAUUACCUAAUGGACUGUAUCAUUCAAGUUUUUCCCGACGAGUAUCACUUGCAAACUCUUGAUGUGCUUCUUGGAGCUUGUCCACAACUUCAGCCAUCGGUUGACAUUAUGACAGUGCUUUCACGUUUAAUGGAGAGAUUGUCAAGUUAUGCUGCCUUAAAUACUGAAGUUUUGCCUUAUUUCCUGCAAGUGGAAGCUUUCUCAAAGUUGAAUAAUGCAAUUGGAAAGGUGAUAGAAGCACAAGAAGACAUGCCAAUUCUGAGUGCAGUAACCCUAUAUUCUUCGCUUCUCAAGUUUACUCUUCAUGUUCACCCUGAUCGGCUUGAUUAUGCGGACCAAGUUUUGGGAUCAUGUAUUAAACAACUGUCUGGAAAAGGAAAGAUUCAUGACACCCGUGCAACAAAGGAGCUUGUCACCCUUUUAAGUGCUCCUCUAGAGAAGUAUAACGAUGUUGUUAUCGCCCUUAAACUAACAAACUAUCCCCUUGUACUGGAUUACCUUGAUAGCGAGAACAAGAGAGUAAUGGCUACUGUUAUAAUUCGAAGCAUUAUGAAAAACAAGACUAUUAUUGCUACAGCAGAGAAGGUUGAAGCAUUGCUUGAACUGAUCAAAGGACUUAUCAAUGACCUGGAUGAGCCGCAAGGUCUUGAGGUUGAUGAAGAUGACUUUGAGGAGGAGCAAAAUUCUGUUGCGCGUCUCAUUCACAUGUUAUAUAGUGAUGACCCGGAAGAGAUGUUUAAGAUUAUCAGUGUCCUCAAGAACCAUUUCCUGACAGGAGGGCCAAAGCGCUUAAAGUUCACCAUUCCACCCCUUGUUGUGUCUGCUCUGAAGCUAAUCAGGCGGUUGCCAGAGGAAGGAGACAAUCCUUUUGGAAAAGAGGCUUCGGUGUCUGCUACUAAAAUCUUCCAAUUUCUAAAUCAGAUUAUUGAAGCGCUACCUAGUGCUCCAUCACCUGACUUGGCAUUCCGAUUGUACUUGCAAUGUGCUGAGGCUGCGAAUAAGUGUGAUGAAGAGCCAAUUGCAUACGAAUUUUUCACCCAAGCAUACAUCUUAUACGAAGAAGAAAUUUCGGACUCAAAGGCCCAGGUGACUGCUUUACAACUGAUAAUUGGAACGCUGCAAAGGAUGCACGUAUUUGGUGUUGAGAAUAGAGACACUUUAACACAUAAGGCCAUGGGGUAUUCUGCGAAACUUCUGAAGAAACCGGACCAAUGUCGAGCUGUUUAUGCCUGCUCUCAUCUGUUUUGGCUAGAAGAUCAUGAGACCAUACAAGAUGGAGAAAGGGUUCUGCGUUGUCUCAAACGAGCGCUUAAAAUUGCAAAUUCGGCUCAACAAAUGACCAGCGCAGCUCGGGGUAGUACAGGAUCUGUUACCCUCUUCAUCGAGAUAUUAAACAAGUACCUCUAUUUCUACGAGAAAGGGAUUCCACAGGUCACAGUUGAAUCAGUGGAGAGCAUGAUCCAACUGAUCAAGAACGAAGAAUCGUUGACAUCUGACCCAUCUGCCGAAUCGUUCUUUGCAAGUACGCUUCGGUUUAUGGAGUUCCAAAAGCAGAAAGGCGGUGUUGUUGGUGACAGAUACGAGCAGAUAAAAGUAUAGAAGAUCUAUGAUACUGGUAACAAGAGUUUGUUUAAAACCCAUUUUGGUUGGGUCUUUUUCAGAAUCAUGAAAGGACACUUUGUGUGUGUUGAUUGCUGCUCGAAAUGUAUACCCGGUUUAGGUCUGGUUUAUUAUUCCUCGGAGUUUGAAGGCGGUUCAGGGUUUGUAACUUGUGGAAUUUGCAGUGUUUAUAAGAAUCUUGCGUGAUCACCGGUGGGGUGAAUAAUAUGAGUUCAGCGUUGGGAUAGU